GAGGAGGAGGCAGCCAUGUCGGAGAAGAAGCCGCGAGGUUCAGACACACGUCCUAAAUGUGGCCUCCGCAGUUGGAGCGCCGACAGCUAUGUUUGGAGGGGGAAGAAACGCUCCAGAAGCUCUCGCAACGGGUCGAGUCCUGGAGGACUGGAGGUGGAGGGGACAGAGGAGCUGGGUGUGCGGUCGACAUCCUGUCCGAGGCGGCGCAGAGAGAGAAAGUGUAGCUGCAGCACUGUUGGGGAUUCAUUGACGUCCGCAGACAUUGACGUUGUCUGUCGGAAGGCCUUGUCCCGCCGCUCUCUGCGCCAGAAGUUUCAGGAUGCUGUGGGCCAGUGUUUUCCACUGCGCACUCACCAUCACCUUCAUCACCAUCACCACCAUCCAUCAGGCUCCUCAAGACCGUUCUCGGUGCUCUUCUGGUCCAAACGCAAGAUCCAUGUCUCAGAGCUCAUGCAAGACAAGUGUCCCUUUUCGCCCAAAUCUGAACUGGCCAGAUGCUGGCACCUCAUCAAAAAAAACGGCACCCACCCAAGUGCUGUGAGGGACAUGGAGGCUCCCCUCAAACCCAACGUCUCAUCUUCCUCUACCUCCCCACCGCAGACCCCCCUUUCAUGGGAUGAUAUCUGCUGCUCUCCCGGGCCUGGAGGCACCAGUCUGGAGGACUGGGACCCUUCUUGUCCUCACGGGGGAGCAGAGGGCAGGUGCAGCCACACAGACUACAUCCUGGUCCCAGAUCUCCUCCAGAUCAACAACAGCCCCUGUUACUGGGGUGUGUUGAACCGCUUUGAGGCAGAGGAGCUACUGGAGGGGAAACCAGAGGGCACGUUUCUGCUCCGAGACUCUGCCCAGGACGAGUUCCUCUUCUCCGUCAGCUUUCGGCGCUACAGCCGUUCCCUGCAUGCACGCAUAGAGCAGAACGACAAGCGUUUCAGCUUUGAUGUGCGCGACCCAUGCAUGUACCGUGAUUCCAGUGUGACAGGACUACUGAGACACUACAGUGACCCGGCCACCUGUCUCUUCUUUGAGCCGCUCCUUUCCCGGCCACUAUCGAGAACCUUCCCUUUCUCCCUCCAGCACCUAUGCAGGACGGUGAUCUGUAGCUGCACCACCUACCAGGGCAUCGACAACCUGCCGCUGCCACCUCAGCUCAAGGACUACCUCCGACAGUACCACAUCAAGUGUGAUGGGGCCUGUGCUGUGUGACAGGCCAAAGCAGGAGUCUUACUGUAGUGGGGUAAGAUAGGACGAGCAAAGACAGCAAAGAGACAAGAUGCUGCUCAACUUUGCUUUUGCGGAUAUUUCAAGUCUAAAUAGUGCAGGCCUGCGGGGUUUUUAAGAUGUUUGUUGGUCUUGGUGCAUCAAGAGACAGAAAGACCAAACUGUUGUUUAGGACCAUCCACCUUCUCCACAGGUCGAGAUCCACAUGCUGCAGGACCUCAGACAUAAUGUAAUCCUGGACAUAUGGACAUAUGCAGAAAGCUUCCAGUGAUAUUGACAGUUAUUGAAGUCUAAUGGGACAAGAAAGAUCCAAUACAUUUGCCUUAAUAAUCUUAAGGGAGCGAGGAUUCUCAACAAUCAACAUGACGUAAAAGGUGGGGGGAGAAAUAGAAUAGAAUAGAAUGUAUUACAUUUUCUUCAGUGUUUAAGACUAAGCCUUUAAUGGCUACAGAGCGAGCAGGUCCUCUUCUCUGGAGUCCACCUUGUUUCUACAGCGGCACACAAUGGGAAAACCAAACACUGGUGCUAAAGAGGGCCUUAAGUGUUUUUCACAUUUUUAUUUAACGUAGAGUAGGGUGAGAGGAGGCUGGCUCAGUUGUUUGCAAUCUGCAACCACACUGCUAGAUGCCACUAAAUGCUACACAAUGGACCUUUGAACUUGGCACUUGUUUGUUGUGGAAUACUGAUCCUUGAAGUCAAAGGAUUUUCCUCUUGACUUCAGUUACAUCAAGUUAGCCAUAAGUGGUCUAGUGUGGGGAUAGAGUAUCUCGCCUUGCCACUAGAGGAACUGCACCUUUCAUUGUACCUGGCUCAGACCAAACCACCUUUCAUAUGCCUAUAUAUUAUAAAAUACAAUGUUUUGCUGUGGUCUUGCACAAAAACACUGGCAUUAAAGGUUAAAGGUAUAUUAAAGGUACAUUAACUUUCCAACUAGCCAAAAUGUGUAGACCUGUGCAUUAUCACUGAAAAAUUCUUAAAACUAAAACCAAAGACUUUGUGUGAAGACUGAGGUUAUGAAAAUGUCUGACACACUUACCUCCUCGUGGGUAAGCAGAGUCAGACAGUGCAGGCGAGAUGACCGUUUUCCAGUUUUGCUUUAUAAUGUGCAACUUAAAAUGGCUUCAAGCACUCUGAUGGCAAUCAGAGCAAUACGUAAUGAUAGGUAAAAGAGACUUUAUUGAUAACUUUAUUGAACUUAUUCAAUGGGACUGCAUUCUCCUCUGCAGCCACAAGAUGGCAGCACAACUGCACUGAUCAAAGCUUUGGGAGGACCUCAUCUGCACCACUUGUCUACCCAGAUGCUUCUUUUCCAUCCAUCCUUUCCAUAGCUGAAAGGUCCUUAGUGAAUAUUAAUUUUAAGAUCACCUCUGCCUGGAGUGGAAUACAGCAAAGUAUCUGAAUCACAGUGAUUAUCUUUUCAGGCUUAUAUUGUAUUCACCACACACAAACCAAUAAAUACACAAACCAAUAA